CUGCUCACGCACACUUUGCUACAUUUUUGAGUUAAACCUCAACCUCCCCUUCCCCCUUCCCCCUCCUGCACGCGUGCCUUCUGCCACACUUUGUUGAACAUCACGAAAAACAAAUAUGCAGAAACUAAGAGCUCUCUCCAAAUCGAAAGAGCCAAAAGACUCGAAAGACUCUGUGACCCUUGACAAACCCCCAACUCCGAAAUUCAGAGACUUCUCGUUUAACCUACACACGAACUUGAGCUCAAGCACAUCUCCAAACCCUACCAUCUUAUCUUCUAACUACACCCCACCUUCCUCCCCUAACAUUACCACCAUGGAGUCGAGUGGUAAACUAAGCCCUGAGCUAGCCCCUAUCGUCUCGUUACUAUCCGCACAAUCACACAGGAAGUACUGCGAAGGGGUGUUUAUGCUUUUGAAAGACUUAGACGCUGAUGGGAACCCCUCAGACCGAAAAUGGCUUGAGGUCUACGGUAUCAUGAUAGGAAACGAGUUGGCAUACUGGGACUCGAGUCAGAUGGAAACCUCCGGCUCAGUCAUAGUAGGGAAUAACAAGCCUUCGUACCUCAAUUUUUCGGAUGGAACACUGAAAACGUGCACAUCGUUGGCUUCUGCUAGCGGAAACAUAGAUAAUGUUAUUGUUCUGUCUACAACGUUGAAAAACAGAUUUUUACUGCAAUACUCCUCGAAUGAUGAUUUCCACACUUGGUGUUCUGCCUUCAGACUCUCUGCCUUCGAGUAUAAAGCCUUGCAAGAAGCUUAUACAGCAUCUCUAUUGAGUGCCAGAGGCUCCCUGUUGUCUGAUAUCAGAGUCAUCCUGUCGGAGAAAAAGUUCAACUAUGAAGAUUGGACAAGUGUCAGGUUUGGUGCUGGAAUGCCUUGGAAAAAGUGUUUCGCCGUUAUUGAGCCCUCAAAAAAGGCCAGAAAAGGUUACAAGCACGGCUUCAUCUAUUUUUAUGAAAAUGAGAAGAAGACAAAGAAAAUCCUCAUGGCAAAAAUCACAAACAUCUCUUCUGUUUAUGCACUGUAUCCAAGAACUUACACAAUCAUUGACAAAAGUACAAUGAUUAAGUUAGAAGGUUCAAUCCAGUUUGACCCAAAGGAAGGCUCUAAAAAUUGUUCCAUUUUCCUAAUGCCAGAACAACACACCUCUGUUCCUGGCUAUGAUACCUUGAUUAGAUUUUUGAUUCCAUUGAUGGAUUCGUUCCAUUUGUAUGGGAGACCGAAAAGAUUGAAUGCCGACAAACUUGAUCCAAACUCUUUGUUGUUCGGGUUACCAGUUCUACCCAAGGUCCAUUACUUGGAGGUCAAAGACUUGCUUCCAAUAACGAAAAACAGAAGCUCCAUUGACUGGGACCAAGAAGAGUGGAACUCGGCAAUUAAAGACCUGUUGAGAACUAAAGUUAGUAGUGGCUACAGCGGCUAUGGAUCAGCCGAUGGUGUCAACGGUGCGUUAGACCUGCUCAACUCCUCAAAGCAUAUGGCAGAUGGUAAGAUCAAAUUUUUUGUUAACAAACCAGAGGUUAACAAGUAUCUUGAAAAUAGCCCGCAUGCAAGAAGUCUGCGCAAGUUUUCUUCCAGCGAGGAGCAUACUUUACACACUUCAAAUCCGACAUCAGUCUCUAAUUCAAAGUCAAAUUUGAAUGAGCCUGCAAAAACAAACAUAAGAAUUAUUAAUGACCUUGAUGAUGAUAACGACCUGAACGAUUCGCUAUAUUCCAAGAGCAACUCUCUUUCUCCAAGAAAGUCGAACAAUCCAAAGCCAAGUACAACCCCCCUUCAAACACACACAAUUCCUAGUAACUCGCCUUCUCCUCAAGUUGUUAAUAUAUAUCAGAAGUAUUCUCAAAUUCCUGAUUCUUCAAGGAUGAGGCACAAUGAACCUGGUACUAAUUUGGAAGAUUCACUGCGGAAAACAACCCUUGAAGAUGAAGAUGACGAUGAUAAGGAUUACAGAUUCAACAAGAGUAGUAAGGAAUAUGGAUUUGGACGGCCAGGACCUUCGCCCCACAAAACUGCUACAGUAGAUGAUUUAUACCCUUCGUAUGGCGAUAUCCUCGAUGAUGAUGAUGAUGAUGAUGAUGAUGAUGAAGGAGAAGAAGAAGAGGAAGAAGAAGAAGAAGAAGAAGAUGAUGAGGAAGAUAAUUCCUCUUUCGAUUUCAUCGUGCCAAAGACAAAUCAGGAACGGAUUAUAUCACCAUUUACCGACUUCAAUAACAACGUGAGAAAAGCAAUGAAUUAUGAUAAUCCUUAUUUUCCUUCUAAAUCUGUCCCUACUCCUACUUCCAAUAAUGAAAAACUGGUUGUGAACAAGCAAAGGCGUGCUCCGCCGCCAAGCAACAUUGAAGCAAAUGAACUCUACCCUCAUGAUAAAAGGUCCUAUCCUUUGGAUGAUUCUAAAAAAGUUGAGUAUCCUAAUGCAACUGCAAACAGAUAUUUCUCGAAUCCGACUCCUCCAGCAUCCAGCCAUCGAGCUCCUUCGAAUAUAGUUGUUCCACAAAGCAACCACAGCUCAGAAGAGUUAUAUUCAGCUGCUCCUGUUAAUCCAUAUUUGAAUAGCCAAUCAAGUCCGAGAACCCCAAUUGAUCAACAAAAUCCACCUUCAAUCCACUCGGCUAUGCAAGAAAACCAUAACCAGAGCCAUGCUGAUAACCGUUCACCAAACUAUUAUAGUAGGCACAAUCAACAGAGGCCCCAACACCAAAGUCCCAAUUCCUACGAUCACAACAAUGGCUCAUACGAAGGUAAUAACAAUGCCCCACCUAAAGCCCCACCCCACGACUACAACUAUGAGAGUCCUAUAAAUGAAGGAUACAAUAGGCCUCCACCGGCCCAGAACCAUUACGUGCAACCUCAAAGAAGUGCUUCUAAUCCGCUGAACAGUCCUGGUGUUUCAUCCUUUGGUGCUUACGGACCCAUGAAAAGCCAUUCCCCGAUCUUGAACCAAAGUCAGGGCUUCAGCAGAAACCAACCAGCGGGCCCAAUACAACCAACAGGCUACAAUCAGUACAACAGAGGUUAUGGGCAACCUUCACCACAAGCUACACAUCAUCAUCAUAACAUCCAUAAUCACCAGCAACAACCGUUGCCACCAGCCCCACAACAACAGUACCCAACUGGCAACAGUGGCAAUACCUAUCACCAUCAUUACACAAACAACCCUCCAUAUCCCAACCAAAGCCCUCAGUAUGGCCAGCAACAGCAGCCAUUAGCGCCUUCUCAACCACAGCAGAUGCAGUCCAAUAAUCAGCAACGAUUAAGACAUCGCCCACCUCCACCAAAUCAGCAACAGCAACAGCAACAGCAACAGCAAUCGUAUGGUAAGUCGUUCAAACAUGACCCCUACGCUAUUGCCAAGACUCCUGGGAUGAGAUAGAAUGGCUCUUUUGUAUCUUAAGUUUACUUGUAAAUGUGUGUACGUUAAACCUGAAAACAUUCGUGUUUGCAAUUGAACUAAACUAUAUAGUUUCGAUAUACCGUUAAAAAUAAAGAGAGUAAAAUGAAAAUAAGAACAAAUCGUGCAUGCAUGUUUGUCCCUCUGCCGGGCAAGGGCCCCCCUGCCAACGACACGUUUAA